UUUUAUUUGGUCAUUAUAGAAACUUUUAUGAAGUGAAUGUAUGUUAAAUUUGUGAAAUCAUGGUUGGUCAUUUAGUUAAAUCUAAUUUAACUACACUUUUUCCUAAUUAUCCUCUGUAUUGGGUCCCACAUCGUUGCAUUAUUUCUGGACUAGCUAGUUGAUUUGCUGACAUUUUCCCACCACGUAAAAAACUGAACACAUAACUUAAUAUUCAUACAUGUUAACUAUACAAUGACCCUCAUUACUGAUGUUUGUUUCUGAGGUUUUUGAUCAUAUGAAGUCAGAAUUUCUCUCCCAGCAAACAGUCUGACAAAGAAACGUGAUGUAAAUGUCAUUGCCUGUCACACACUGACAGUGACCAUACAACGCAACACCUGCCAACCAUCACACGACUCAGUUUACUGUAGCAUGAUUUUGAACCAGCUGACCCCACAAACCACACACACACACACACAUGCACACACACACACACACACACACACACGCACACACAUACAGGGUCAUGAGAAGGAGGAACAUUAUUUACAUUGGUUGUUUCUCGUUAUGAGGCGAGUAUUAGAGGGCAGUCACAUGCCGUGUGGUGGUGUGACUUUUUGUUUCAGAUAACAGUAAAACAUGCGCCGGCUGACGUCUCCAGUUUAGCUUUAGAUGAUUGGGUUUAAAAAGUUUCACAUGGGGCGAAGUUGUGAGUGCAAGCUUAUUUAUAUCUUUUUCUAAGUCGGUACGUGUAGUUCUAACAUUGUUCUUGGCUCUCUCUGUAUGAAUUCAUGUGAUACUUUUUGGAAAUGUAAUACUAUCAUCUGGCUACGUACAUGAACCCCCAAACUAUGUCUGUAGGGGCUCUACGCCACUGUUCUGAUGGUGUAAAGUUUCUCUACAUUUAGUCAGAGUCACAUACUCACACAUACAUGCUUGGGGCCCCCUGGCUGCAGUUGAGAGGUGUCAGGUUGUCCUCUUCUUUCUCAGUGUGCCUGUGAGGGAAGGGAAAGGCAAAAGGCAAAGGCGGUGAGCUCCAAGGAGAGAGUGGUGUGAGGUGGGGGUGUGUCUGCGAGGGGUGGGAUCAAAUUAUUUUAUUGAGAGAUCUAGAGCACAUAUUUUUCCACUGAGCCUCUUGGCCGACCUGUACAUUUCCCGCUCGCGGUAACCCUCCCACAGCACACCCCCUAAUCCCCGCCUCAGUCACACCAUCACACCCACCUCCAAACUUCCCCUGGCCACACCUAAACUGCUAACUCAGGUGGCACAGUCCAAAUUUAGGGUCCACCUGUUGCCUGGUGGAGGAGGAUUAGGCUUUGUUGUGUGCAACAGGGGGAAGGGUUUGUGUGGAACGGGGUGAGCUUUGGUGUGUGUGACCCCUUUGGCAUGCGCUCUGAAAUAGAAAGGGAUUUAUGGAUGUUGGGAAGACAGACAAUGGCAACCAGAGUGACAGAGACGAGCCCCUCUUCGCUGGCCAUGAGAAGUGUUGAGUCAUGGCUGGUGGUGCUGGUGGUGCUGGCAGACUCUUGGGUUCGUCUGAGGUCCAGCACCUGUGAAACUAUGUAACCUCUAUUAUUUUAAGUUUCGGAGCUGAUAGCAUCAGAGAAGUUGUAGCUGGAAAUCUUGCACCUCACGAGCAAAGAAAAAGAGUGAAAUACACCACAUUCUUGUUGUGAGGUUAUUCAAAUUUGUCUCUUUUUUGUAUCCACACAACUGAGUUUAUCAUUCUUUACAAGGGCAGCACACAUAAUAUAACAGGGCUCAUAAAACUGGAUAAAAUUUGGGCUCAGCAAACCUCCUGCACAUGAUUUCCAGGGAAAUUGUUGAUUUAAACAAGAAUCUUCAACUAUAAUCACACCUCUAGCACUCCUACACCUCAUCUCUUUGGCCCCAAAAUAAAAAGCCAGACCCCCUUGACUGAAAGACCCCCUUGGUUCUGUGUUGCACGGUCUUCUUCCCGCACACAUGCUCUCUCCUUUUGCCUUCAGCCAAUGGUAGUUAAGGUCAAGAGAGCUUCCUGCUUGCGUCUCGACCUCUGUUGCAGGACCUCAAGAUCAGUCAAGUGGGCCUCUCUGGAGCUGCAGCCUCACCCUCUCCUCCCCUCCCUCCCCUCCCCUCUGGAUAGAGGCGUGCACGUGGGUGUGCGGGGGGUGUCGCUCUAUCCCAGCUGGACGGACACAACACAAACUUCAAAGAAGGGAGGACACCCUGCAGCACCGGACGCACCAGAUUAAUCACUUCGAGCUUCUCUUUUGGAUUCUACUUCUUCUAAAGUGCUAAAGGUUUAAGUCCGGUUUUGUUGUCCUUUUGGGGGAGUUUCACGUGUCUCCUUUUGGCACCAGACGCAUCUGUCACCAACUGCUAUUGGGUGUCUGGAACUGCCAAAGUCAUGCCAGCCGGGUUUCACCAACUCGGGGGGGAGGAUCCGGACUGUUAUCUGUGAUGCCAUCAAGAAACAAUUCCCGAAGCUGCUUCCUUGCCAAUAAACAGGAGACUGACUGUGGACUGUCUGUAUCAGGGCAGGUUCCAGGGAUGUGGGAGAAGCUUAGAAGUUUUGGCUUCGAUACAGUGACAGGAACCCUUGCUCUCUCAGUCUUCACCGCUGUACUGGGAUCUCUGGAGUUUGGGUACAACAUCGGUGUCAUCAAUGCACCUCAGAAGAUCAUCGAGGCGGACUACAAUGAAACAUGGGUGCAGCGGUACGGAGAGCCCAUCCCCACAGGGACCCUCACCUCCCUCUGGUCCCUGUCUGUGGCCAUCUUCUCCAUUGGGGGCAUGCUCUCCUCUUUCUGCGUGGGGUUCCUGUCUGAGUGGCUGGGCAGGAGGAAAGCCAUGCUCAUAAAUAACUUGUUUGCCUUCAUUGGUGGAAGUCUGAUGGGGCUGGCCAAGCUCUGCAGGUCCUUUGAGAUGAUGAUCCUCGGACGUUUCAUUAUCGGUGCCUACUGCGGGCUGGCAUCAGGCUUGACACCGAUGUACGUGGGUGAGAUUGCUCCCACGAGUCUGAGAGGGGCACUGGGCACGCUGCACCAACUGGCUAUAGUCACUGGUAUUCUCAUAGCACAGAUCCUCGGUUUGGAGUCAUUACUGGGCGGUGAGGACUUGUGGCCCGUCCUGGUGGGUUUAACUGUUGUCCCAACUGUACUUCAGAUGGCUCUUCUGCCUUUCUGCCCCGAGAGCCCCCGGUUCCUCUACAUCGUCCGCUGCCAGGAGCACCACGCAAAGAGUGGCCUGAGAAGGUUGACAGGCAGGCCGGAGGUGGGGGACAUGCUGGCAGAGAUGAAGGAGGAGAAGAGGAGGAUGGACAUGGAGAGGAAGGUGUCCAUCCUGGAGCUCUUCCGCUCUCCGCUCUACCGCCAGCCCAUCAUAAUUUCCAUCCUGCUGCAGCUCUCCCAGCAGCUGUCCGGAGUCAAUGCAAUUUUCUACUACUCCACCAGUAUCUUCAUGAAGGCAGGAGUCCAGAGUCCAAUCUAUGCCACCAUAGGGGCUGGCGUAGUGAACUGUGCCUUCACUGUGGUCUCGCUCUUCCUGAUUGAGAGGAUGGGUCGGCGGACGCUCCACAUGCUUGGGCUGGGUGGGAUGUGCAUCUGUGCCAUCAUCAUGACCGUGGCUCUUGCCUUAUUGGACAAUGUUCCUGCGAUGAGCUACGUCAGCAUGCUGGCCAUCUUUGGUUUUGUGGCCUUCUUUGAAAUUGGUCCGGGCCCCAUCCCCUGGUUUUUUGUCGCUGAGCUGUUCUCUCAGGGUCCAAGACCGGCUGCCAUGGCUGUGGCCGGCUGCUCCAACUGGACUGCCAACUUCAUCAUUGGCAUGUGCUUCCAGUAUGUUGCUGAUCUUUGUGGGCCAUAUGUCUUCCUGAUCUUCGCAGCACUCCUCCUCUUCUUCCUCAUCUUCACAUUCUUCAGGGUGCCAGAGACACGGGGCAAGACCUUCGACCAGAUCGCAGCAAAUUUCCACCAGCGCUCGCCAGGAGGAAUGAUGGAUAUGGACUUGGACCUGGACAAGCCCAGCACCGAGCUGGACUACUUGGGAGAGGAAAGCAUUAACUGAGAGUCCCGGCCUGAAGGAGGGAAGACAGGCUGGCAGACAUAGAUGGGACAGCACCACUUGGGGUGAACUGUGUAUAAGGGCUUUACUCCAAAGUUUCAUUUUCUGACAUGUAUAUUGAGGUCUAUUGUCAUGUUCUUAUAGAUUGCGGUGCCAAAGCAGUGUUAAAGGUGUGUGACAAUUUGAGUGGAGGAUCAUUUUUGGACUGUCCUGUGCUGGUGCCACUGCAAUACAAGGUUAACGGUUAUGAAUUAAGCCUUAAAGAGAAACCUGUGGAUUACAAGUUGACUUCUGUAGUUUUAAGGAAUAAGGUGCACAUAAGUGUCUUGACUGUUGAGGCAUUAACUGCCAAUGUGGUAGGAUUUUAUUCCAUGGUGAUGUACUCGGUUGCAAUAUUGACAGACAGGAGGUGGUGAGACUUUGGAAUUCCUGCACUUUAUCUACAAAGACAUCCAAAGUUUUCAGAGCUUGAAUGUUUAAAGAAAAACUGUAGAAUAAACAGCCAUGGAGUUGAGCAUGCUUGCCUAUUUUUUUUACUAAAGCUGGGAACACUCUUGAAGACGUGUUAAACAAGAGACAGCACAUCCAGAUCUACACAACACCUACAUGAUCAUAUCCUGAUUUGUAAAAAUGCAACGAUGAUGUAAUUGUAAUGGCUCUAACUGGUCUAAAGUUUGAAUCCUAACUCUCUUUACGUUACACAAUAACUAGCGCUGGGUAUCAAGUGGAUACUUUUUGGUAAUGACCAAACUAUCAAGUACCAGAAGCUGCUCAGAUUUUGUAAUCUUCACAUACUCUUGAAUCUUAUUUUGUCAAUUUGAGGCAAAGUUCUGGUAUAGCUGUUCAAUCUUUGAGGGAAAAAAAAGAAACAGCCUUCAAGCUUUCAUUUUCAAAUUGAGUUAAGUUGUGUAAUAUGUUCCCAGCUUAAGUAAAAGGCAAGUGCCAAUACAAAGUAUUUUUCUGAUCAUGAGUAACUCAUUGCACAGCCUGCAGAAAUGCUACUUUAAAGAAACAAAAAUCUAUUUUACUACGUCAUGUGUACAUAGUGUGUGUUGGUUGUCGAUAUAAAGUUUAAAAUGGUAUGAGGGUCUUCUUUAUGCACUCCAGUAGGUGUUUGGUUUUAUAAACAGAAGCCCAAUUUACUAGACUAGAGCAAGAUGUGCAAUCACAAGGGCUGCCUGUAAAAGAGAUCUUCUUGUAGAUUAAUUUUGUAUCACACAGGUAUCAUGUUUGUGUAUUUUUUUUUUCCUGGCAUCUGUUGUGUGCUGUUUGCCAUCUGUUCUUUAAACGGUGUGUAUCACCACCUUCUGAAAAUUUGUAUGGAGAUUGUUCAGAGAGAAUUUGUAUAAAGAGUGAUUGAUGCCGUG